CUACUGUUUACUAACUUUGAGUAGUUAGUACCUAAAUGAAGCUUCAUGUUUCUAACUCGAUUUCUAAUUGAAAAAUUGUAAUAUUUUUCUUAAAGAUUCAGUACUCUAAUUAAUUACACAAUUAAAAACUUAUUCCCAAUAUCGUAGGCCUAUUACUCUAUUACUCAAUCAGUUCUAAUAAUACUCGUAUAUAUAAUCAAUAGUUAGGCCAAUAAUUCCAUAUUUGAACACUUGUGAAGGUUGCAAUCAUUCCACACUAAAAUGCUCAGAAGUUGAUGUGAAUAACCAUAGUUGUGAUAUUUCAAAGUUAUCUCAAACUCAAUUAUCUCGAUAUCUCAUCUACAGUCGAAAAUGGGAAUUUUCAUCAAUGGUAAAUGUCGGAGUAAAGCACGCUUGGAUGACAAAACAGCCAUAGUGACUGGAUGUAACACAGGCAUCGGCAAAUACACUGUUAUGGAUUUGUGUAGAAGAGGAGCACGAGUGGUAAUGGCCUGUCGUAAUUUGGACAAAGCUGAGGAGGCGGCGAAACAGAUAAGGGAUAGGCUUGAACAUAACCAAAAUGCGGGGAAAAUCUCCAUUAAACAUCUUGAUCUUUCAUCGCUUUCUUCAGUCAGAACUUGUGCUGGAGAGAUUCUCAGAGAAGAGCCAUGUAUUCACUUAUUAAUCAAUAAUGCAGGUGUUAUGAUGUGCCCACACCAGUUGACAGAGGAUGGAUAUGAAUACCAGUUGGCGACAAACCACCUGGGUCACUUUCUGUUCACUCUAUUAUUGUUGCCAAGGAUAUUGAACUCAGCUCCAGCUAGAGUUGUCAACCUUUCCUCCAUGGCACAUUUGAUUGGAUCGUUUGAUUUUGAUAACAUUAAUAAGAAGCAGAAUUCACUUUUAGCUUAUGCCAGAUCUAAACUGAGCAAUAUUUUGUUCUCAAACGAACUGGCAAGGAGACUCAAAGACACAGGUGUGACAGUGUAUAGUGUACACCCGGGUAUAGUGGAUACUGAACUGGAUAGGCAUUUCGAUGCGACGAUUUUCUCAGGAUCCAAAGCGUUUCUUAGAUCUUUCGGGUGUCUGUACAAAAAAACUGUGAAACAGGGCGCACAAACAACGCUGUAUUGUGCCCUUGAUGAGAAAACUGCGAAUGAAACAGGCCUCUACUACAGCGACUGUGAAGCAGCUGUGACGAGUCCUAAAGCAACUGAUCCAAAGCUGGCCAAACAGCUAUGGGAUUUGAGCUUGCAAAUGGUGCACUGGGAUCACAAUACUGAUCCUUUCAAACAAGGCUAGCAAAAUUGCUCAGAAAGAAGCAGCUUACAGGAACAGACAUGGAAAUGUGUUCACCUAUAUUUCUGUUCAUACUUUUAGAAAUAUAAAAUUAUUAAAGUUUUAUUCUACUUCUAUUGACGAUCAAUACC